GAUCUGUGAGGUAGCACAUGGCGGCCGCAGCAGCCAUGAGCCUGCCUCCGACUCACACAACUCCCCCCUAGACGCCGCCGUCCGCCCGGCUCUGCCCGAAACAAGCAGCCCGCCCGCUUGCCCACUGCCGUCGCCGCGAAAAUCUCCAGCUUCUUCCCCGGCCAGCCCAGCUUCCCCUCUACUGCCUCACUAGUCGCUCGCCCCCAGCAACUCCGAGGAGGGUGGGCGAGGGAGUGCCCGGUCCCCUUUAAGCCGCCGCCCGCCCUCCCGCCAAUCGGGCCCGGGAAGCGAAGGGAAGCGGGGAGUGAGGAGCUCCGGCGAAGGCUCGCCGUCCCGAAUCCGGCCUUACGAUAUCCCCGCAGCACCGUCACCAUGGGAGUGCAGGGCUUCCAGGACUACAUUGAGAAGCACUGCCCGAGCGCCGUAGUGCCCGUGGAGCUGCAGAAGCUGGCCCGGGGGAGUCUGGUGGGCGGCGGCCGCCAGCGGCCCCCCCAGACCCCGCUGCGCCUCCUCAUUGAUGCCGACAACUGCCUGCACCGCCUCUACGGCGGCUUCUACACGGACUGGGUGAGCGGUGGCCAGUGGAACCACAUGCUGGGCUACCUGGCGGCCCUCGCCAAGGCUUGCUUCAACGGCAAUAUCGAGCUCUUCGUAUUCUUCAACGGGGCCCUGGAGAAGGCCCGGCUGCACGAGUGGGUGAAACGUCAGGGCAACGAACGGCAGACGGCCCAGCAGAUCGUCAGCCACGUCCAGAACAAGGGCACCCCGCCACCCAAAGUCUGGUUCCUGCCCCCCGUCUGCAUGGCCCACUGCAUCCGACUAGCUCUCAUCCGCUUCCACAUUAAGGUUGCACAGAGCAUUGAAGAUCAUCAUCAAGAAGUAAUUGCAUUCUGCAGAGAAAAUGGUUUUCAUGGCUUGGUUGCAUAUGACUCCGAUUAUGCAUUGUGCAACAUCCCGUACUAUUUCAGCGCCCAUGCCCUAAAACUGAGCCGUAAUGGGAAAAGUCUAACAACAAGCCAAUAUCUGAUGCAUGAAGUUGCCAAGCAACUGGACCUGAAUCCAAACCGUUUUCCAAUUUUUGCUGCUUUAUUAGGUAAUCACAUUCUACCUGAUGAAGAUUUGGCUUCUUUUCAUUGGAGUUUACUUGGUCCAGAACAUCCACUAGCCUCACUUAAGGUACGCGCACACCAGCUAGUUUUACCACCUUGCGAUGUAGUGAUCAAAGCCGUUGCUGACUACGUUCGUAAUAUUCAGGAUACCACUAAUUUGGAUGCCAUAUCUAAAGAUGUUUUUCAACAUUCACAGUCCAGAACAGAUGACAAAGUCGCUCGAUUUAAGAGAGCAGUUGGAUAUUAUUCAGUGAAUAGUAAACCUAUGCCAUUUCACCCACCACAUUUCAUAGCAGCCCGACCAAAUCAAUUUGGAAUGCCUGGGAUAGUGCCACCGUAUAUUCCUCAGAUGCUUAACAUUCCACAGGCCUCAAUACAUGCAAAAUCUGGGGUUCAACAAAUGUCUAACCCAGGUGUUGUUCUGGGUCAGGGUCCAUACCCAUAUAGCCUCUCUGAGCCGGCCAUCACUUUGGAAACAAGUGGAAAAAAUUUGUCUGAGCAGAACAACUACAGUAACAUUCCUCAUGAAGGAAAGCAUACUCCACUGUAUGAGAGAUCCUCCCCAAUAAAUCUAGCUCAGAGUGGCAGCCCCAACCAUGUGGAUUCAACCUAUUUUCAUGCCUCUUCUACAUCAUCUUCCUCAGAUAACGACGAAGGCAAUGGAGGAGCUGCAAAUCAUGUCAGGGGGAACAAAGUUAGCUGGGAGAAGACAGGAAACCAGUCAGAAAAUCAAGCUCGUGGAGAUUCAGGAGACCAAUUUAAGGCUGAAGGUUCCUCUAUUGCCUCUUCAGGAAGCCAGGCAGCUGAAGCUAAAGGGAACCCAGCCAAUACUGCACAAAUCCCAUGCCUAUUGUCAAUGCCCACCAGGAAUCAUAUGGAUAUUACCACGCCUCCAUUACCUCCUGUAGCUCCUGAAGUCUUGAGAGUGGCGGAACAUAGGCAUAAGAAGGGGUUGAUGUAUCCCUACAUCUUUCAUAUCCUAACUAAGGGUGAAAUCAAAAUUGCUGUUUCUAUUGAAGAUGAAGCCAACAAAGACCUGCCUCCUGCUGCUCUGCUUUAUAGGCCAGUUCGUCAGUAUGUUUACGGAGUCCUGUUUAGUUUGGCAGAAAGCAGAAAGAAAACUGAAAGACUUGCUUUUAGAAAGAACAGACUUCCACCAGAAUUUUCACCAGUAAUCAUUAAAGAAUGGGCUGCUUAUAAAGGAAAAUCCCCCCAGACUCCAGAACUAGUGGAAGCACUUGCUUUCAGAGAAUGGACUUGCCCCAACCUGAAGAAACUGUGGCUGGGGAAAGCAGUAGAAGAUAAGAAUCGAAGAAUGAGAGCAUUUUUGGCCUGUAUGAGAUCAGAUACACCAGCAAUGCUCAAUCCAACUAAUGUGCCCACUCACCUCAUGGUGCUCUGCUGUGUAUUACGGUAUAUGGUGCAGUGGCCAGGAGUCCGGAUACUGCGUCGCCAGGAGCUUGAUGCCUUCCUGGCUCAGGCGUUGUCUCCCAAACUUUAUGAGCCUGAUCAACUACAGGAACUCAAGAUUGAAAACCUAGAUCCCCGAGGAAUUCAGCUGUCAGCUCUGUUUAUGAGUGGUGUGGAUAUGGCACUCUUCGCAAAUGAUGCUUGUGGUCAGCCAAUCCCUUGGGAGCACUGCUGUCCUUGGAUGUAUUUUGAUGGAAAACUUUUCCAGACCAAACUUAUCAAAGCAAGCCGAGAAAAAGUUCCACUCAUUGACCUCUGUGAUGGUCAGGCUGAGCAGGCUGCCAAGGUUGAAAAGAUGCGUCAGAGCAUCCUGGAAGGGUUAAAUUUCUCCAGGCAGAAUCAUCCGCUCCCUUUCCCGCCUCCUCCUGCCAUGCCUUUCUACCCAGGUUCUAUGUAUCCUCGACACUUCGGGCCAGUCCCACCACCUCAGGGCAGGGGUAGAGGCUUUGCAGGAGUCUAUGGCUUUGGAGGCCCUUAUGGGGAAACAGUAGCAACAGGCGCUUACCGUGCCUUCCGGGUGGCGACAGCACCAGGACCCUGUGGAGCCUUCUCGGGCAAUGACAACAACAGGACUAGCAAGUUACAGGGCGGAGUCCAGCCUAUUCCUUCUCAGGGAGGAAAACUUGAAAUAGCUGGGACUGUUGUUGGCCACUGGGCAGGAAGCAGGCGAGGACGGGGAGGACGAGGACCUUUCCCACUUCAGGUAGUUUCUGUUGGUGGACCAGCAAGAGGACGUCCAAGGGGCGUUAUUUCCACCCCAGUGAUUAGAACAUUUGGAAGAGGUGGAAGGUACUACGGGAGAGGCUAUAAAAACCAGGGAGCAAUUCAGAUGCCUCCUGCACAUCCCCAGCAUUCCACAGAACAGUUUGAAGACCACUGCCUCAUUUGGUAAACCUCCUUAUGCUGCUUCAGCAGAAGAAGUGGCCAAAGAACUUAAGUCAAAAUCAGAGGAGUCUAAAUCCUCAGUUGUGUCUUCAGAUGGAUCCCUGGCUGAAAAUGGAGUGGUGAAUGAGGAGAAACCAGCCUCCCAGGUGAAUGGGAAUACAGGAGACGUCAGGGCUUCCAACCAGUCUGAAAGUGCCUUGAAUAAUGACUCUAAAAUGUGCAAUACAAAUCCUCACUUAAAUGCACUAAAUGCAGACAGUAUUUGCCAUAAAGAUGAGACUCUGGAGGCAGCUGUCUUAAAAAAAGAAGAGUAAACUUAUUUUUUAUAGAGGGUGAAGGAUGUUGGAAGGGUCAGGAUUAGGAAUAUCUGGAAAGAAAGAGAGCCUACAGUUAUGUACAUUUUUUCCUUUCCGUAAGAGAAAAAUGAGGACUUUGGAAAUUCGGAUCCCUCUUUGAUGUCACAGAUUUAAGCAACACAUUUUUAGUUUUAACCAGUUGUAGUCAAAAUGCUACAAUAAACAAAAAAGAAAAAAAAUGAAGAGCAUUUGACUCCCGCACUUAAAAUAAAAGUAUACAUAAAGUUUAACUUUAAACUGGUUAUGACAAAAGCUUGUAGUUUUGUUUCUUGAAAUAUACAAAUUUUGGCAGUUGUUAAGUAUAUAUAGCUUAAAAUAUAAUUUUUAGUAUUUGGCACCAUAUGUAUGCCGUUAUAUUUGAUUUUGCAUUACGUGUCACAACAAAGCUUCCUUUAAGGCUUUAAUUUCAUGAUUUUGAAAAAAUGGCACAACCACAGUUUUUCUUUCUUAAAUUACAUCACUGUUAAUGUGGUUUUUUUGUGUUAAAAUGUGCAAACUAUUGACAAUAAAAGUAAUAGAGUAACAUUGCCGUUUUGCUGAUUUUAACUAUACAGUACAUCUUACAUACUUUACAAGCAAGUUAAAUGGAGAUAAACUUGAAAUCAUAGAUGCUAAUGAUCUUUCAAAACAAACACAAUGCGUUCUGAAACUUUGUGAUUAAUACCAUGCAUCUGUGACCAAUGAGCUAUGUGGUUUUGAAUUGGAUGUAGACCAUUAGUACUACUAUUUGAGCUAAACUUCUGCAUGGUUCAUAAUUUUUAAAGUGUGUAGUUAAUAUUAUGCAUGUUAUUGUCCUUUCUUCCAUUCUUACAAGUACUGUGCCCAUUUGCAAAACCGAAAAAGCUAAUAAUCAGUAAUAGUCCUAUAAAAGAUGUUAACUAUGUUUAGUCAUUGAUUGAUCUUGCUCUAAUCUUAAAAUUUUGUGGUUAUGGACCUCUGUUGCAUUUAAUCUAAAACUUAAAAAAAAAAUUAUCUAGCCGUUUUGAAUAUCAACGUUACCCUGGUGUACUCAUUGCUGUAUGCGUUACUGUUCUCUGUUGCUACUUUAUGCCUUCAUAUUAGCAAAUAUGAAAUUCUGUGAAAAACAAAAAAAAGCUUCAAUCUUCAAAAACUACCCCCUUCUGUAGCAAGAAACAAAUUGCUUGUUCUUGAGAACUUUCCCAUCAAGAAUUUAGUAGGAGCAAAUAUACCUGUAUCAUUUUGAUGUUUUUGUUAGUGUUUCCAAACUUUAAUGUACUUCAAAAUCAAAAUUGUUUCUUUAUAUUCGUUUUCAUCUAAUUUUCCUGAUGCUCUUCAUCACACAUUAGUGAUCAGAAAUGAGGUGUAAUUCCCCAUUCCCUGCCCGCAAGAGCUAAGUAGGUAUCUUAAUGUAAGUUGAAGGGAGUUCUGCCCCACUCUUGGAUUGUGCAAGAAUGAACUACUGUUGGGUUUGAUGGAUUGUAGAUGGAUUGUGGUGUGGUGUAUUUUGAAGGCUAUUGAAUGCAACUUACAAUGCUUAAUAAAAAUCUUUAUUCUUUUAGUAUAAAA